GUAUUGAAAGUUAAUAAUAGUUUAAAUGAAUCAUCAGGCUAUAAUAGGAUUCCUCCUCUUCAUCUGCAUGCUCACCACUCAAGCUAAAGUUAUUACUCACGUUCAAGGUGAUCUUUAUGAUGAUUAUAAGAAGAUUUCAGGUAUUUCUGAAGUAGGCACUGCUGAGAACACCUCAGAAUUGAUUAAAGGACUUUUGAAAGGACUCGGUGACUCUGAAGUCGUCUUCACCUCAUGCCCAGGACCUCAUGAGGAAAUCUAUGAUAUCGAUGAUGAUUAUAGUCAUACCGAACCUGAAUUAGCUAAGAAAAACAUUGAUAUUACUCUUAUCUUGGAGGGAGUCAUGACUGAAGAUAAUCACAUAGACCAACUUCACCUGGAUGUGUAUUGGAAUGGAAACUUGUUCCAUACAGAAGACCAUAAAUUAGAUGAUGAUAUUGAAGAACAAGAGCCAUACGAGCUUAAAUUCACUUGGUUUGUCCCAGGAUUUGCUCCAUCAGGCCCUUACCUGGUCGAUCUUGUUCUAAAAUCAGCUGGUCAAGAACUAGGAUGCGAAAGAGCUUCUUUCAAACUAUAAGAUAUUUGUUGCAAAAUUUCUCUCCAAUUCGUAAUAUC